UCGUUUACGUACUUCCGCUUUACCUCCUCCUCGGCGGUCGGAAAGAACAUAGAAAAGGAUUAUAUAGUUUUGUUAUUGUGUACCGUCAUUUUGUCCAUUUUACAUUUGUGCUCAGUUGAUUCUCACGAUGUGUGACUUGCCGGUGAGUAGCGAAGCGGCAGAUUCACUUAAUGUUCGGUUGCAGAGUCUCCAGGAGUUGACGGAAUGCACAGAAAAGUGUCAGAAGCAGCUGGACGGAUUGUUUGAGGCUUUCGGGUGGAGUAAUGAGAUGAACGUAAACUCAAUUCAGCAGGAUUCCUUGGAAGUGUGUCCGUAUGACCGCAACCACCGUGUCCCGCAGAAGAGCAUCGAGAGGCACAAAGCGGCCUGCAGACUAAGCAAGAUGGGCUACUCCCGAGAAGAGCAGGCAGGGAUGUAUGACCCUACCAUUUGUUAUGAACAAACCAAAGUUCAUUCCUUGGUUAUUGACAAAGCUACACAGGAACAGAUCAUUCUUAAGGGGAAGGCAUCUGCACCUAUUGGAAGAACAGAAGGACUGUACUGCCAAAGUGAAUAUUCUUCGGACCCUCCUGAUGUUCCUCAGAACCACAAGCGAUCGAUCUGUGACCUCACCGUGGCAGACCGAUUGGCUCUGUACGACCAUGUGAUCAGGGAGGCAAACCAGCAGAGGGCCCCAGCAAAGCCAGUGGAGAAUGAUGACCUCUAUGUUGAUUUGGUGGCCAAGCUCAAAAAAGAUGAGGAACAGAAUGGCCCAAAGUCUCACCUGGAGGUUCUGGCGGAGAUGAGAGACUACAAGAGACGUCGACAGUCCUACAGAGCCAAGAAUGUCCACAUCACCAAAAAGACUUACACUGAGGUGAUCCGGGAAGUGAUCGAUGUUCACUCUGGUGAGCUGGCGCGAUUGUGGGAGGAAGACGAGGCAUUCAGAACAUCCAGACACUCCUCUCACAGGAGGAGGUCUGAGGAGCGGCGCUCGGUCUCGGUGGAGUCGCGGAGCUCUCUCUCCAGCUCCCGCCGCAGGCGCCGCCGCAGCCGCGAGCGGAGCCAGGACAGGGACCGGGACGACAGGAAGCAGAGAGAUUUGCACUCGACAGAGGAGAGGCACCAUGAGCGAAAGAAAAGAAAGAGGACUUAACAACUGUAUCUGGGUAGCCGUACAUGUGAUCUUUAUUCCUGAAGUUGAGCUGAGGGACUUGGAGCCAUGGAUUGUGAAAGGUGAUGACUCAUUUGAUCAUUAGUCUUAUCAACAUUGUAAAGGAGAAAAAGCACACAAAGUUAAUGUUCUAACGCCAAGUCCAGUGCAUUAGUGUGCCGUUUACUUGACAGGAGACCUGCAAUAUGUGUUUUUCCCCAUUCUAGGAAAUCCUUCAAAUGCUUUUAAAAAAUGUAUUAGUUGGUGUUUACUUCUGUAAUUUAAACAGAACCGUGCUGUUUGCAAAGAAAUAAAUUCAGAAAUUAUUAA